UUAAAAUCCACUGUCUUUUCUUUCUAAGUAAUUGCUCGGGUUUCUAUAUGCAAGUACUUCUUGCCUGUACACACAGCUUUCCUCCGCUACCUCCUCUUCUAAACUCUCUCUCAGACACACACAGGAGCGACAAGAAUCUCGGAUAGAAGAACUCGGUGGUCCGAUCCAAGUCAAUCUUGAUCGGUUGGUUUGGAAACAAACUGAUUAUUAUGUUCAUAAUGGACGCAAAUGGCAAAGCUCCAAGGAGGAGCGGAGAAAUAAGCAUGGUCGAGGACGGGAAAAGGACGAAUGAUGUAAUCAUUAGCAUCGCUGGAGAUGAAAAUGAUUCAAACGUUCGAGUCUCAGACGCUUCAAAGGACCAAAAGCCUAAACUUUCAGCUGAUUCCCCACAUAGAUUAUCAAACGAUUCAACAUUUAGUGCCGAAAAAUCAGUGCCUGUGAGUUACCCUUCACCUGAAAUCGCGAGGUUUAGUCCAGGCCCGAAUAAGCCUCCCAGAAUCCCAAAAGGUGAGAAUCUCACUCGUCGAAAAUCGCUCUCAAGAUCAGUUUACUCAAAGCCCAAAUCAAGAUUUGGUGAACAAUCUGUGAAUAUUGAUAGUAAGAUGUUUGAAAAUAGAGAAUCAGUGGAAGAUCAUGUGGUUUCUAGUAGGAGUUCACCUAGUAGUAAAGUGGAUGAUAAUGGCGUUAGUGCCAUGGAGAUCACGAAUAAAAUAGCCCCGGGAAGCCCAAAAACGCCAUUAGUUUCAUCUCCGGGUGGUUUUGGACGAGUGGAUGAGGAUGAAGAAAUAUAUAAAAAGGUGAGCAGUAGGCGGAAGCUGAAGCAUAGGAAAGUGAAAGUCAAGGUUUUGAUUGAGUGGUUUCUUUUUCUUUGCAUUCUGGGGUGUUUGAUUGUCAGCUUGACUGUUGAUAAGUUGCAAGGUUGGAGAGUUGGGGGUUUGAGAAUUUGGAGGUGGUGUGUGCUUGUUUUGGUGACUUUCAGUGGCUUGUUUGUCACUAAGUGGUUGAUGCAUUUUGUUGUUUUACUGAUCGAGUUAAACUAUUUGCUCAAGAAGAAGGUGUUGUAUUUUGUUUAUGGUCUUAAGAAAAGCGUUCAGGUCUGCAUUUGGUUUGGUUUGGUUCUUGUCACUUGGGUUUUGCUAUUUCAAGAAGGAGUCAAGCAAUCUCGUCUGGUCAAUCGAAUUUUGGAUUUCAUAACUUGGACUAUUGCUUCAUUGCUAAUCAGUGCAUUCUUGUGGCUGUUGAAAACUUUGCUGCUAAAGAUUUUGGCUUCUUCCUUCCAUGUAAAUACAUUCUUUGAUAGAAUCCAGGAAUCGGUAUUCCAUCAGUACAUUCUAUUGACGCUAUCUGGGCCACCGGUAAUGGAGUUACCAAAUAUGUUGGGGAGGACAAGCAGCAAUGUAAGUAAACUCAGUUACGCUGUCGGAAAGAAGGAAAAAGAAGGCAAGGAAAAGAGUGAGAAAGCGGUGAUUGAUAUCAAUAAACUUCAUCGGAUGAAACAAGACAAGGUCUCAGCUUGGACCAUGAAAAUGUUAGUUGAUAUGAUAUCUAAUUCAGGUCUGACCACUCUUUCAAAUUCAAUUGACGAGAGUUUCUAUGACGGAGGUAAUGAACAAACGGAUAAAGAAAUUACCAACGAGGAGGAAGCAAUUGCUGCUGCAUAUCACAUUUUCAGAAAUGUAGCUCAGCCUGGUUGCAAUUACAUUGAUGAACUAGAUCUAAGCAGAUUCAUGAUUAAAGAAGAGGUGGAGUUCGUCUUUCCAAUGAUUGACGUGGCUGAGACAGGGCAGAUUGAUAGAAGAACUUUGACGGACUGGGUGGUGAAGGUCUACAAAGGUCGCAAAGCACUGGCUCAUGCUCUGAAUGACACCAAAACAGCUGUAAAGCAAUUGAACAAGCUUGUUACAGGGAUUCUGAUGGUUAUCAUGAUAAUAGUGUGGCUUCUCUUGACAGGAAUAGCCACCACCAAAGUGCUUGUUGUUCUCUCAUCACAGCUUGUUCUAGCAGCUUUUGUGUUUGGAAACACUUGCAAGACAAUAUUCGAAGCUAUAAUAUUCGUAUUCAUAAUGCAUCCUUUUGAUGUUGGUGAUCGUUGUGUUAUUGAUGGUGUUCAGAUGACCGUGGAAGAAAUGAAUAUCUUGACAACCGUCUUUCUGAGAUUUGAUAAUGAAAAAAUUUACUAUCCGAAUUCUGUUUUGGCUACCAAAGCGAUCAGCAAUUUCUACAGAAGCCCAGAUAUGGGUGAUUCACUUGAGUUCUCCAUUGAUUUCAAGACGCCACUGGAGAAAAUAGGAGCAAUGAAGGAAAAAUUCAAAAAGUACUUUGAGAAAAAUCCACAACAUUGGCAUCCUAAUCACAACAUGGUCGUGAAGGAGAUAGAAAAUGUGAACAAGAUUAAGAUGGCCCUCUUCUUCAAUCACACAAUGAACUUUCAAGACUAUGGGGAGAAGAGCAGACGCAAAACUGAUCUGGUCCUGGAGAUGAAGAAAAUUUUUGAAGAGCUGAAUAUCAGAUACGAUCUUCUUCCGCAGGAAGUUCGUCUUGUCGAGUUAAAGAGGGCUACGGCAGAAUCUGGAAAGUGAUUUUCGCUAAGGAGAUUUAUACACACAACUUUGUUUGAGACUCUUGCUUUUCUCUGGAAACUUCAAACAGUAAUAUCUUUGUUGGGUGGU